UGAGAAAACACGCGGCUCGUUAACGCUCGGGUUCGUCAUCAUCAUGUGACGGCGCUGCACGGAAGCCUUCGUAACCAAGAGGAGGUAGCGCGUCAUUCAUCACGUGACGGCACUAGUGGGGCGGCGUGAGGGCGGGGUGGCCCGCUACGCUACGGAAGCCGAGCGGGACGCCGAGCAGGGCGGUUGCGGCAGCAGCAGCAACAGCAGCUCCGCCAGUCCCAGCGGGAGCGGCGAUGGCUGCAGACGGCGAGCGCUCCCCGCUUCUCCCAGCCGAGUCCGGGGAUGGGGGCGAAAAUCUCUCCCAAGGCUUUCCUUCCUUUGGCGGAGUCAAUGAUGGGGGCCAGGCGGCUGUGCUGCCUGGAGAGGAUCCCCCACCGUACUCACCUAUGGCCUCUCCUGAAAGCGGCAGCGCUCCCAUGAUCACUUGCCGGGUGUGCCAGAGCCCCAUCAACGUGGAGGGCAAGAUGCAUCAGCAUGUGGUGAAAUGUAGUGUCUGCAAUGAAGCCACACCAAUCAAAAAUGCUCCGCCAGGUAAAAAGUACGUGAGAUGCCCCUGCAACUGCCUCUUAAUCUGCAAGGUGACAUCACAACGCAUUGCUUGUCCUCGGACGUACUGCAAAAGGGUAAUUAACUUGGGCCCCGUGCACCCGGGGCCUCUGAGUCCUGAACCCCAGCCAGUCGGAGUGCGUGUCAACUGCGGCCACUGCAAGAACAAUUUCCUGUGGACGGAGUUCACGGACCGCACCUUAGCCCGAUGUCCUCACUGCCGCAAAGUCUCCUCUAUCGGUCGCCGUUACCCUCGGAAAAGGUGUUUUUGCUGCUUCCUGCUGGGUUUGCUAAUGGCUGUGACAGCAACAGGACUUGCGUUCGGCACAUGGGACCAAGCCCAGCGCUACAGAGGGAUCUAUGCCUCCUGGGUGCUGGUUAUUCUCCUGGCCUUGGUGUGCCUUGGCCGGGCAAUGUACUGGGCCUGCAUGAGGGUCAGCCAUCCUGUCCAGAACUUCUCUUGAGCUUCCCCGAGAUGUCCUUCCAUUUCCAGCUGCUGCUGCUGCUGCUGUCCCAAGCACAUCAUCUGCCAAGAGCCCAUCUACCUUCUUUCUCCCCUCCCCCCCUUCCUCUCUGCUUCAGGACUAGGACUUCCUGUGCUACCUUCCUGCCGCGCCAGCACCCCAUUUUUAUCAACUCUACAGCUGCUGAUCAUCCCCACCGGGUGGAUGUCUCUCCUUGAUCUGCCUCCACCCACCCACCCCGGUGGGCGAGGCAUGGUGCCGAAAAUGAACUGUUGGACCCAGAGGACCGAAGACGGUGGAAACCGGGGCUGCCCUUGCAGCGCUCCUUUCAGCCCCUUGGGGGCAGCAGAAUGCCAAUCGGACCAACUUCAAGAGGUCCUUGAUUAUGCCUGAACAUUUGGGGACCCCCAAAAACCAGGCGUCGGGUUGGGGGCUCAGCCCCGCUUCCCUUCGAGAGGCGUUUGAACUGCAGCGGCUACGCUGGGACAGAAGCACAACAGGCAGAAGGAGGGGGGAUGCUUUUAGAAGGCUUAGAUCCAAACGGGGCCCAUCCCGAACGGAAGUCGCGUUGGGAGGAGGUCUCAGCAUCUUGACAUACACUACAAGCGAUUCAGCCGGGACAACUUCAAAAGAACGGGUUCCCCCCUCUGCAGCUGUGGCAACGCUUCCCACCCAGGGCUGGAUGGAAAAAUGGUACCAAGGAGUCACUGUGGCAUCGGUUGGUCCCUUUUCCUCCGCGCACCCACUUGCUAAUGUUUUUUUUUUAAAAAAAUGGGGCAGAUGCAGAGGACAUCCAAUAAGUUGCAAGGCUUCUUGAACAUUCCCGAUGUAAGGCUGAUUUGGAGCAAGGACGUGUGGCAUGGGGGGGAUCUCCCCAGCUCUUGAGAGAACCUUGUUGCUUUAAAUUGCCAGUACCGCAUGCCACGGCCGGGUUGCUUUGAACUCCUCUCCUACGACCCCAGGUAAUUCCCUCCCCCCAAUGUGUGUUGAUCACCGACCAUCAUCUAGGCUCGAUCUUCAUGUCCCCCGCCUGCCACUGGUGUCCUGGGAUUUCGGAGACCUUGCGCCGAAAGAGCCUCAGGCUUCACCAGAACGUAACCUUGGGACAUUUUUGUCGUUGCUUUGACUUCCCUCGACUUGUGUGCGUGCGUGUUUGUGCGUAUAUUUUUCUCUGCACAUUCCUCGAUGGAGCAUCCUGGCUUACUUUUUGUUUGUGCAAUGGGGCAGAAGACCCUCCAUCUUCCUGUCAUGCCACUCCUCUGUGCCUGCCAAAAAAAAAAAAUCCCUUCCCACCGUUGCACUGAGAUUCUCAAGCGUGACUCUCUUGUGUCGUUGGAAAUCCUGGGGUCUGUGUCUUGCGUGACACCGCUGUGUCCUCUUCCCUUUUCCUGCCAGCAGCUCCAUCUCCCGUUUUUCUUCUUCUUCGCAGUUGAAUUUACAACCUUGUUUCUCUGUUCUUCCAAAAUCUUCGUUUUCCCCCUUACUUCUCGACUCAUUCCCUUCCGCCACCCUGCAUCCGUGAUUCCCCAGGGUUUCAAUAGGGAUGGAUCCAGCCCUUCCUUUAUUGUUGAGGUUCACCGGAUGUUGGGGGUGGUUGGGUGGAAGGGGAGACUGGCCCUGACGUAGCUGUAGAAAAAGGGGGUCAUCGCCUUGGCAGUGCGAGAAUAAACCAUUUUGGUGACGGGAAAUAUUUCAGUCUUGUUUGCCUUGGCUUCUUCUUGGCUUCUGGGUGAAGGAUCAGUCCCUGCAAUGAAGCCCCUGCCUCAAGAUUCGGUCUCCCGACCCCGUAGCUUUUGAGCUCGAAACCCCAAAACCUGUUGCUUGUUGCAGCUUGUAUAUAAGAACAAUGAAUCUGUACAUAGAGCUAUUUAAAGAUCACUCCUCCCUGGUGGCUGCCUGCCUGCGUCUCUCCUUCUGCCUGCAUCUUCUCCCUUCCUGUCUUUCUCCCAUCUUCUCCCAGUCACAACAAGGCUGGUCUGCCACCUUCCUACUUCUCUCCCCACAGCCCAAGGAGGAAUGAAGAAAAAAAAUGAUGGGAUGGUUGUAAAUAAAAGUAGAUUCCAUACCUUGACAAGUGUGUUUUGAGAAGGAAG